AUGCAGAAACUUACUAAAACGGUUGAAGCAAAUCAGGAAUUUACUCAAGCACAAUUUAAAAUCUUGGAGUCCAGGAUCACAGAAAAUGGGCCCCAGAUUACUCCAAGAAAUUUGUUUGCAACUCCAGUAUCAUCUGCACUUCCUGGAUUUGCGCCAUUCAGCACAACGAUCCCAACUGCAUCCCGAAAUUUUGGGAGUAAUAUCCCACAAAAUACGCAGGCUGCUGGGACAUCUGCUAAUGCAGGAUCAGGUUUACCUAAUGAGAAUAAUUUUACUAGAUCAUUCGGUUAUACUAACCCAUUGCAUGAACAAGGAACAAAUGAAUAUAUCGCAAGAGAAUUUCAGAUGAUUAAGGAAAUGAUCUCAAGUGUUCCUGGAUUUUGCAAUCCAAUUCCAAAAGUCAAUCCUGCUUCUUAUCUCAUCAAUAUAUAUGGUGAUAGGAUUGCGAAUGUGGAAAUUCCAAAGAAAUUCCAUGUGCCAAACAUGAAGCCAUACAACGGAACUGCUGAUCCACAGGAACAUAUCGCAUUAUAUUUGGAGAAAAUGGAGACUGUGUCCAUUCCCUACAACCUGAAGGAAGUAUGCUUGUGCAGAAGCUUUGGUUCCACAUUAUCUGGCUCAACCUUAAAAAUGGCUGCAGAGUUUGCCCCUCGAUCCAUAAACUCUUUUGCUGAUUUAACUAAUUUAUUUUACAGUCAUUUUUCAUGCAGUAGAACUUUUGAGAAAUUAACUGACGACUUAUAUAAAAUUACUCAAAAACAACAUGAAUCACUUAGAGAUUUUAUGACUAGGUUUACUAAAGAAUCUCUUAAUAUUCCUAAGUUAAAUAUGUUAACUGCUAUUCAAGCUUUGCAGAGAGGUCUCCAUCAGGGAUCCAAGUUCCAAGAGGAUUUCAUCAUGACACCAUGCGGAAACUUGGAUGAAGCAAAAGCAAGAGCAGCAAGGUUCACCAGACUAGAAGAAAACGAACUGACAACAGCAAAACUGGAAGCUUUGUCUUAUGAUCGACCGAAUCGCAAGACUGAGACUCCAGUCUUCAAGCCAAGGCAUAAACCAUAUACAAGACAUGUUCAGAUUCAAUUUGGUGCUGUUGAAGAAGAAGAAGGGGUUGAGUACCCUGCGCUAUCAACAUAUUGCUUCACUGUUGGCAUACCUGGCUUGAUAAUGGCCUUGAGAAACCUUGGAGAUAAGGUCAGAUGGACACAAAAGAAAAAUAAUGAUGGCUACUUCAAGAAGAAGGAUACCAGCCAAUGGUGUGCCUACCAUGAAGACUUUUGUCACAUCACUGAAGAUUGCAAAAUGCUAAGAAGAGAGAUUUGCAUACUCUUAUCCAAUGGGUAUUUGACAGAGUUGAUGGGAAGAAAGAAGGCUAAAGACGUUGAAGGCAUGGAUCUCACCAAGCCGAAACCUGCCCAAAAAGCGGAUUCUCCACCAGCAAAUGCUAAAGUAAUUAACACUAUUUCUGGUGGGUCAGAAGUUUGUGGAACCAGUUAUUCAGCAGCCAAAGGAUUUGCAAAGCAAAAUAAGGCAGAAAAAAGGGAGAAGAAUGUGAAGAAGGCUUCUAUUUCGGACUUAGAUACUAUCUCCUUUGAAGAUGACGACUUUGAUGACAUUAUAGAGCCCCAUCAUGAUGGUUUGGUCGUUACUCUCUUUAUUGCUAACCACUAUGUUCGCAGGAUUUUGAUAAAUAAUGGAGGCUCUGUGAAUAUAAUCAAAUUGGAAACAUUAAGGAGAAUGGAUAUUUCUGAAGACAACAUUAUUGGCAAAAUAUCUCCACUAAUUGGUUUCAGUGGAGAAACCAAAUAUACUGUAGGAGAGAUCAAAUUGCCAGUAUAUGUUGAAGGACUGAACUCCAUGCAGAAAUUUUGUGUGGUGGAUGUUCUCCCAGGUUGCAAUAUAAUCCUAGGAAGACCAUGGAUUCACGAAAUGAGGGUGGUACCAUCGACAUACCACCAAUGUGUUAAGAUUUCAACACCUUGGGGGGUGGUUACUGUCAAAGGUGAUCAACAAGAGGCAAAGGAAUGUUAUACAUCAAGCAUGAAGUCAACAGCAAAGCCUACUGCCCAAUAG